AGUUUACUGUUCAGCGUUGUGUUGAUGAUUUCCAGAGGAGCAAAAGACGACUUGACGUUUGGGUUUACCUCAAGAACCUUAUAAGUGUCAGUAUUUCUGUUUGACUUCUUCGUUCAAAAGUCAAAGAAAUUGGUGAAAACUUCUGAAUCAAUCAAUGGGAAAAAUCUAAUCAUGUUCAGCUUCGAGGGAGAUUUCAAAACAAGACCCAAGGUCUCACUAGGAGGGGCAAGUAAAAAGGAGGAAAAGGCAUCUUUGUUACAUCGCACUCAAGAAGAAAGACGAAAAAGAGAGGAUGAAAGAAAACGACUGAAGAAUGCUGUCAUCAUCCAGUCCUACAUUCGUGGCUACCAGAACUUGAAACAACAGUAUGCCAUUCAGAGGGCUAGGUUUGAUGAGAGUAUGAGCCAGUCACAGGCAGGGGGGGCUCAGCGUGUCAUGGAUAGUGCCACCCUCUGCCUCAUAUCAAGACGACUUAUAUUUUUUUACCGACAAAACAUGGAUGCACAUAGAUUGGUAUGGCUAUGCCAGAAUCUGGUAAAGCACAAUAGUCAGUUUGUGAAGUUGUUAGUCGGCCCACAGAAGCAAACAUGUAUGUUUCAGAUCAAAAGAAUCUUGGGCUUCUGUUGCAGGCUCCUGCAAAACUGCACUGAUGAAAGUUUAAAUGUUGCAGUUCCCAUGCGCAUGCUAGAAGUUUUUUCGACAGAGAAAACCUAUCUUCCUAUUAUUCCAGACGCUAACUAUGUAGCUUCUUUACUCGAGCAGAUUUUGCACUAUAUGGUUCAGAAAGGAUACUACAGGUCGCUAUAUAUUCUUGUAAAUCACAGACUCCCCUGCAGUCUGGAGUACAGUGACACUCCAUCUAUUCCUCUGGCAAGCACGCUGUUGGCACACAUCUUCAAACCUCUGCACUUUACCUACUCCUCCUGCACAACGGGCGCAAGGCAGUUUGUGUUUGCAGCUUUUACCGAGGAGUUCAUCUCUGCACCGUUUACCGAGCAGAUAUUUCACUUUUUUAUCCCGGCACUGUCAGACCGCUGUCUCUCAUUUCCAUUGGAGGCCUUCCUGAAUUCCCUUCAGGCCACAAUUAACUCUUCUUCAGCAGCACAGAGCCAGGCACCAUGGCUCUUUUACUUUGUCCUUUCUGCAGGGGAAAAUUGUUUAAGCUCACUUUCAGAGGAAGGUCACCUGCUGUACCUUCAAGCUCUGCAGACGCUGCUGCCGCUGCUGCCUGUGUCAGAAAAUACCAACAAGCCCGAGGUGAACAGCGACUCUGAGGAUGAUGAUGAUGCUGACCUCCACUCUUUGCCAAUGCAGGAUGACAGCCGGAUUUCUGUGCAGCAGAUAACAGAGGAAUGCAUUCGCAAGCUGGACAUGAAACAACAAACCAACGCCCUACUGAACCUGGUGUGGAGGGACUCGGCCAGUGAGGAGGUUUUCACCAUGAUGGCGUCCAUUUGUCACAUUCUUAUGGUGCAACAUCGUCUAAUGGUGCCAAAAGUCAGGCUUCUGUACAGUUUAGCUUUCAACGCACGUUUCCUGAGGCAUCUCUGGUACCUGAUAACAUCCAUGAAAACUAAAAUGAUUACUGGCUCCAUGGUGCCUCUGCUGCAGCUGAUCUCACGAGGGUCUCCUAUGUCAUUUGAAGACUCAAACCGCAUAAUUCCCCUUUUCUAUCUCUUUAGCUCUCUCUUCAGUCACUCUCUUAUUUCGGUGCAUGACAGUGAAUUUUUUGGCCAUGAAAUGGAAGGUCAAAUGCAGUCGUCCAUGAUGCCCUUCACACUAUCAGAGCUGGUGAAUUUGUCUCGCUGCCUGAGAGAUGCAUGUCUGGGAAUCAUCAAGCUGGCUUACCCCGAGACUAAAGCAGAGCACAGAGAGGAGUACAUGGCUGCUUUCCGCAGCGUUGGUGUCAAGACCAACUCUGAGGUUCAACAGCGGAUCCAGGCCGAGCAGAAACGCUGGGUGCAGCUCUUCAAGGUCAUCACUAACUUGGUGAAGAUGGUGAAAGCUCGUGACAUCAGACGACCCUUCUGCCCUGCAGGACACUGGCUCUCCGAGGAGGUCAACAUUCGAGCUGAUAAGGUCCCCCAGCUGUAUGUACCAUCAGCAAGGCAUGCAUGGAGAACACGGAGGAGGGGUCACAUUGGGCCUCUUCAGUCAACUCUUGAUGUGGGAUCAGAGCCUCCACAGAUGUCCGUGUCUGAAGAGAGACAUCUGGCCAUCCUCACAGAGCUCCCGUUUGUCGUUCCCUUCGAGGAGCGAGUGAAGAUCUUCCAGAGGUUAAUCCUCGUUGACAAACAAGAUGUGCAAGGGGACGGGCCGUUCCCUGAUGGCAUCAAUGUCACCAUCCGAAGAAACUACAUCUAUGAAGACGCCUACGAUAAACUCUCUCCAGAAAACGAGCCGGACCUUAAGAAAAAGAUCCGAGUCCAUCUUCUCAAUGCUCAUGGUCUGGACGAGGCAGGCAUCGACGGUGGUGGCAUCUUUCGCGAGUUCCUCAACGAGCUCCUCAAGUCGUGCUUCAAUCCCAACCAGGGCUUCUUCAAGACGACCAACGAGGGUUUGUUGUAUCCCAACCCCGCUGCAGAGAUGCUUGUGGGCGACUCCUUCACAAGACACUACUACUUCCUGGGCAGGAUCCUUGGAAAGGCGCUGUACGAGAACAUGUUAGUGGAGCUACCUUUUGCCAGUUUUUUCUUAUCCAAACUUCUGGGAACCAGCGCAGAUGUGGACAUCCACCACCUGGCGUCUUUGGACCCAGAGAUGUAUCGCAACCUUCUCUUCCUCAAAAGCUAUGAGGGUGACGUGGAAGAGCUCGGCCUCAACUUCACUGUGGUCAACAACGAUCUGGGAGAAGCUCAGGUUGUUGAACUGAAGCCAGGAGGCAAAGAUAUUCCUGUGACGACGGCAAAUCGGAUAGCUUACAUUCACUUAGUGGCUGACUACAGACUGAACAAGCACAUCAGGCCUCACUGUCUAGCCUUCAGACAAGGUCUCGCCAAUGUGGUCAACCUUGAGUGGCUGCGUAUGUUUGACCAGCAGGAGAUGCAGGUGCUUAUAUCUGGGGCACAUGUGCCAAUUUGUCUCGAUGACCUAAAGAACUUCACAAAUUAUUCAGGUGGGUACUCUGCCAAUCACCCUGUUAUCCAGAUCUUCUGGGAGGUAGUCGAAGGAUUCACAGAUGAAGAAAAACGCAAACUAUUGAAGUUCGUCACCAGUUGCUCGCGGCCGCCGCUGCUGGGCUUUAAGGAGCUCUACCCAGUCUUCUGCAUCCACAAUGGUGGAAACGAUCUGGACCGCCUGCCCACCGCUAGCACCUGCAUGAACCUACUCAAGCUCCCCGAAUUCUGCGACCAGCAGCUGAUGAGGCGCAAGCUGCUGUAUGCCAUCGAGUCUUCUGCAGGGUUCGAGCUGAGCUGAGCGGGAGGCGAAGGCUUCUUUAUCCUCGUAUCAAAGGACGCCAUGCCACUCAGGUGGCUUUGGAGUAAAGGCUCAGAAGAUGAGAUAGCAAACAGUGCACUGACUGAUUUGACAUGUGUUUCUGUGUGUGUGCCAAGUAGACGGUGAGUAAAUACUCGUAGACAGAGGAAAGAGGUGCAAGAGUAAAUAAUGAGAUUUUUGUUUUCCUUUUUAAAUACAUGUAUCUUUUUAGUAAUUGACCUUUUAAUUGCUUGAGAAGAACAGAUGGAGCUGAAUUUUCCAGGAGGUAUCAGGUGCUGAAGGAAAACAAGAGUAGCUGCGACUCUUAUCAGCUAACAUUAAAAGAAAGCUGCAGAUCUUUUUAGAGUC